AUGGCCAACUCAGCUCUGGAGUUAAUUGGUCUGAUACUGACCCUAAUCGGGUUGAUUGGGACAGCAGCGAGCACUGGGAUGCCGAUGUGGAGAGUGACGGCUUUCAUAGGAGAGAACAUCAUUGUGUUUGAGACCCGAUAUGAGGGUUUGUGGAUGAACUGCUACAGACAGGCUGACAUCAGGAUGCAGUGCAAGGUGUACGACUCUCUCCUGGCCCUGCCCCAAGACCUACAAGCGGCCCGGGGUCUGAUGUGCUGUGCUCUGGCUCUUGGGGGCCUUGGUCUACUGAUCAGUUUAGUCGGGUUGCAGUGCACGUCAUGUAUUGAAAACAACGAUGAAGCAAAGCGAAUUGUCCUCCUCAUUGCAGGAGUAAUGGUCAUCUGUGCUUGCAUUUGCGUCCUAAUCCCAGUUUCCUGGACGGGUCAUGUCAUCAUCAGGGAGUUCUACAACCCUUUGCUGCUCGACGCUCAGCGCAGGGAGCUUGGAGAGGCUCUGUAUAUUGGCUGGGUGGCUGCAGCCUUCUUGUUCGUUGGAGGAUGUAUGUUUGUUUGUUUCAACCUGCAGUCUGCCAAGGAUACGGAUUCACAGAGGUAUCUGUACUCGAAACCCUCCUCCUACAUGGCCUACCCUCCACAGCCUCUGCAGCCAUUACAGCCCCAACCGAUGGUGCUCCUUCCCCAACCACAGCCUCAGCUUCAGCCUCAGCCAAUGCUGUCCAGACAACCCUCCAACAACUACAGCUACAACUCCAGAUACCCCUCCGUUCGCAGCGGGGUGGCUUAUCUCUGA